AUGAAUCGCGUCCGCGCUCGAGCCUCCUAUAAAAGCCUUUGGCGAGAAGACCAGCCAUCAGUCACUUGUCCAGUGUCCAAACAACUACUUCAACAUGAAAUUCCUGGUAAGGAUUCCAUAAAUGUCGUCGUAGCCCUGCUAGUUGCCGCUGUCUUCGCUGAAGAAGAAAAGAAAACAGAAAAACGUGGUCUUUCGGGAUUGGGCUAUGGUGGUCUAGGCUAUAGUGGUCUGGGCUACGGUGGUCACGGACUAGGGUAUAGCGCAGGUUACGGUGGUCUUGGUUACAGUGGUGGAUACGCUGGCUAUGCUCCAGUAGCAGUCAGUAAGGUUGCCUACACCACCUCUCACGGAGGCUACGGCGGACUUGGUGGAUACGGCGGAUAUGGCGGAUACUCUGGCCUUGGCGGAUACAACGGCCUUGGCGGAUAUGGCUACUACGGUGGUCACGGCGGAUACGCCGCCCCAGUCGUCGGUUACGGUGGCUACUAUGGCGGUCACGGCCAUGGUUACGGCGGACUUGGCGGUCUUGGCGGACUUGGCUACUACGGACACCAUUAA